AUGGAGCUGCUCGACCAGAUCUGCCUCUUCGGCGCGCGCCACUGCUUCCGCACGCAGUCGGCCGAGGCGGGCGCGUCCUACUGCUACGCCGUCGCGCUGGCGUACACCGUGUCCGUGAGCAUCCAGCGCGCGCGCCUCGGCGAGCACGGCCACGCGACGCACUUGCUGCCGGUCAAGCGCAUGCGCUGGUUCCCGACGUUCCUCAGCUUUGCGUACUUUGCGCGCAUCGCGUGGCUCGUGCUGAGCAACAUGCACAUGUUCCAGUGGGUCGAAGGCCGCGCGCCGCCCUUCCGCUUCGAGCACAUGGUGUUCGUCACGCCGCUGCUGCCCACGGACAUUGACAUUUACGUCCUCGGCGUCACGUCGUUUGGGAAGCUCGCGACGCUGCUCUACUUCUCGGCCUUUACGCUGCUGCUGCGGUUCUGGGAAGACGUGCGCGGCCAGGCCCAGCGCGCCGAGAAGCCGCUCGCGCGCGUGGCGGCCAACGAGUCGGUCAUUGCCGAGUACACGCGCGGCGCCGGGACGCACCGCUCGCACCGCUCGCGCAAACUCUUUCUCGUGGCCAACGUGUGGAUUUACCUCGUCGAGUGCGCGCUGCUCGUGCUCAAGACGCUGUUCCCGCGGCAGAAGAUGGUGCUCGCGGAGAUCGACUACGGCUUUGUCGCGCUGUGCUUCUUCUUUCUCGCCGUGAUGCUCGCGAGGUGCGCGCUGCAGCUGCGCACAGUGCUGCGCAAGAUUGAGUUCUCGGCCCUGGCCGCGACCAUUGCAACGCGGCUGUCGCUCAUUGGCGUCGUGGCGUCGCUGCUGUUUUUCUACCGCAGUUUGCUCCUCUUGUUCUCCAUGCCGGCGAUCGACGUGCUGGACCCGCACGUGGCCAAUCCGUGGCUGUUCUACGCGAUCCCAGAGCUGAUUCCAGGAGCUCUGGUCAUCUACAUGAUGAACGUCAAGCGGCAAGACCACCGGCUCGUUGCACCGGCGCGAGGAAGCGUCGCGAAGGCAGACGAGCACACGCCGCUGCUGCAGGAACUACGACGACUGUCAAACGACUUGCCUCAGUUUCGGGGCCAGGAACUCCACAUUUGA